AUGUGUCUCAAGCUGACUCCGCACUCACUUUAUGCAGCUGUGUCAGUGGGUCUAGAAACUGAAACCAUAAUACCUGUGUUGAACAAGCUUUCAAAGUCCAAGCUCCCUGAAGAGAUGAUCGAUUUCAUUCAUGCUUCAACAUCCAAUUAUGGAAAAAUUGUUAAAGUUGAGGAGAAACUUGCAAAGGGAUGGGGUGGUGAGAAUGCUUAUCAUGUGAAAGGGUAUCGGUAUUUGCUAGUGGAUGGUGACAGGAGUAUUUCAAGGGCGUCCCCACCUAGAAAAAGCAACAACCCUAACGAAGGGUGUUUUGGAGAACUAUCUGCUACUGAAGCACCAAAUGAAUUCCUACAUCAGUUUAAAGGGAAGCAACAGCCAUGGGUGCUCUUCCGAUCAGACAAGGCCGGUGCCGCUACCUUGCCAUUGAGAGCCAUUCGCGACCCAGAUGUCGGAGGCGUAGGUGGAACUGGAAUAGACACUGAGACAGGGAACCACCGGACGAGUAGUGUCGCCGCCACUGCCGUUGCGCCAUCUCCGCCGCUACCGUUUUCGUCGACGACAAGCUGCCGUCGGAUGCAAGGUGGUUGUUGCCGCCGUUUGUUGAACGCCACCAGAUGGGUGGCUGCUUUUGGAUCUCGAGCAAAACGUGGGUGUGGUCAUUACCCUAUUCCGCCGCUAAGCUACCCUAUCCUGCCGCCACUAGCCACCGUGAAAGGCAGUUGUGUGCGUGUUUUGGUGCGUGUGUGUGUAUUGCUGCUGUGA